GGAGCGCGUGGUGGCCACGCUUUCGUGUUUGGAUAGUCGAUUCUCGAGGGAAGAAGUUGGAAUCGUGUCUGUUUCUUCGCCUUUCGCCAAUCUUCAAUCGCUCUAUCUGUGGAUUUCUGUAUGUGAUUGUGCAGUAUUGGAUACAAGGAGGAAAAGGCAGUAGGUCGAAGAGUAUCUGCUAUUGUCGGAUUAGCUUCCGAAAAUGGCUGUGGUGAAUGCGGCUCCUGUGGCUUUCGGACCUCUGCUGCCUUCCACCUUGCAGAAUUCUCAAUGUCGAUGGUUUUAUUCCUCCAAAUAUCCUGGUAAAGCAGUUUCUGUGACCACGAGGAGGGAGGCAUUCUUUGGUUUGCCAUUUGCUCUCAAAAGCAGCAACAAUUGUGAGAGUUUGGAUACGUUAAAACAGAGAAAUGAUAUGGUAUCGGAAGAAUCAUCUGAGACGCUACUGUAUUCGAUCUCUCCUUUCCCUGUUCUUCUUUUGGCUGCUCUUCCUGGAGCUAAAACUGCCGCAUCUCUCUUUGGCCCUUUCGUGGAGCUUGUGAAAUCUUUGAAUCUCCCCGGAUGGCUUGUUCAUUGGGGUCAUCCUGGAAACAUGGCUGUGGUGUUGUUUGCAAUGGGUGGUUAUGGAACUUAUUUGGGCUUCCGCAUUCGAUUUUCUGACAACCUGGAAGAAAAGGCAAAAGCCAAAGAUUUACACCCAAAGCUUCUUGGAGGAAUGUUUUUCUUCUUCGCGCUUGGUGCAACUGGUGGGAUCAUAUCUCUUCUCACUUCAGACAAGCCCAUCCUCGAGAGUCCACAUGCUGUAACCGGCUUCAUCGGCCUUGCUCUUCUAACAAUCCAGACUGUAUUGCCAUCUCUUUUUGAGGACAAUCCCGGGCUGCGAAAUGUUCAUGGAAUAUUGGGGAGUGGCAUUAUGACUCUGUUCUUGGUUCAUGCUGCUCUUGGACUUCAGCUAGGAUUAAGCUACUAAUUGCAAGCUUUGAUCAAAGGGGGGUGCAUGUGUGAAAGCAUCAACACUGAGAGAGUUCUUGAUUUUUGAAGACCCCACAAUGCUACUGCCCAUGACACGACACCACAGUGGCUAUAAUACGACACACACAACACCACAAGAAAGGGCAAAAAAAUACUCAUAUUAGAGGGGGAAAGCAAAGGAGUUGGUUGCACACAAGUCAUGCUGAAAAAUUUCAUUUCGUAGCUUUAAAGGAUGAGAGACAUAUACAUACAGGAACCAAUGUUGCUUUCAGCAAGGGCAGACAUAAUCAAAAAGUGAAUCUUUCUUGCAAACAUUAU